GCUAGGUCUGAAUAGUUUGGUCUUUUUUAUUUGGUGACUAUUGCUACUUAACUUUGAUUGUCAGAUGUUCAAAAAUGAGCUGGUGUAUGUAGAACAUUUGGAAUAAACACCGUAUUACUGAAACGUAUAAUCAAAUAUUUACGCUUGGGAGUAUCAGGGUCAAUAUGUGAAAGCAGGAGAGGAAUUAAAGCACAAAAUCAAGUUAUAGAUUCUGGGUGUUGUUGGACUAGUGAAUGUUAUAUAUGAUCUUCUUGAUUGUAACAUUUAAGACCCUGGAGGCCGAGAAGCUCUUGAUUCAAAUCCCAAUUUCUGUGUUGACUUUACAUGUUCUACCCCUUAAUGCAUGGAUUUUCUAGUUGUAUGUCUCUGUGUGGCCCUGUGAGAAACUAGCAGACUGUCCAAGGUGUGGCCAGUCUUUGCCCAACAGUAGCUGGGAUGGGCUCCAGCAACCCUAUGAAUCAGAGAGGGAUUAGGCAAGUUCAGAGGACGGAUGAAUAUCAUUUAUUUGUUUCUAAAUGUCAAAUUCAUAGCUGAAUGUACAAUUUUUUUUUAGAAAAAUUACAUUUUUCUUUUUGUCUUUUUUUUUAAAGGUUUGGUAUUGCGACAGACUCAAAAACUUAUGUCAGCAUUUUCCACUUUGUCAGACCAGAUGAAUUCCAGUCUCACCAACGAGCAGCAGAAAGAGAUCUGCUCUCAACUGGGAAAUGUCAAACUGAAGUUGCUCUACAAAGCCACCACCCAUGGUUUCGGGGGAAAAGCCUUCCAUCAAAUCUGUGACAACAAGUCACCCACUGUGUCUGUGGGCUACAACAAAUUUGGAUAUGUGUUUGGAGGUUACACCAGUCAGCCUUUCAGUCAGUCUGGAGACUGGGUGGAAGAUGACCAGGCCUUUCUUUUCUGCUUUAGUAAAGAGAAACUCAACAAAUAUCCAGUCAACAAUCCUCCAUAUGCAAUGAAAAUGACCAAGAAUAGUGGCCCUAACUUUGGGGACACUUUGAUUUUUGUCUAUGAAAACAAACCAGAAAUGUACAGCAAUCCUAGAAAUUCCAAGAUUACUUUCUUUCCAAGAUAUUACAAGUUCCCUGCUGAAGAGAUGUAUGGCAAUGACUUAAAACUGACUGAAUGUGAAGUUUAUCAGGUGGAAGAAAUCCUUAAAACCGAGCAUCCAUGGAGGACAACAGUGUGGACAUCAGAGAGACGGAACGAGCUGAUGGAGAUCAUCAAAUCCUACAAACCAUUGAACACCUCUGUGCCCCAGGCUCGGGUGUUACUUGUUGGACCAGUUGGAUCUGGAAAGUCCAGUUUCUUCAACUCCAUCAACUCAGUAUUUAGGGGUCAUUUCACCAGCCAGGCCAUAUCUGGAAAAUGUCCUACCAGUCUGACAACACUCUUUCGUAGCCGUUUUCUGAAGGCUGGACGUGAAGGUGAACCUUUGCCAAUCCUCAUAUGUGAUACCAUGGGACUGGAGGACCUCCAGGGGUCAGGAUGUCAUUUAGAUGACAUCAUCAGCAUUGUCAAGGGUCACAUACCAGAUCGUUAUCAGUUAAGCCCCUCUGGUCCUCUAAAACCAGAGGCUCACGGUUUCCGCAAAAACCCAGAACUCAAAGACAAGAUGCACUGUGUGACUUAUGUCCUGGACGCCAGCAAGAUUUCCAUCAUGCCCCAAAAUAUGGAGAGGAAACUGAAAGCUGUCCGCGAGAUGCUCAACAAGCAAGACAUUACUCAGCUGGUGUUGCUCACUAAAGUAGAUGAGGCCUGUCCUUUGGUGAAAAAAGACAUCAGAAAUGUCUACAAGAGCAAGUACAUCAAGGAUUUAAUGCAGGAUGCUGCAGAUCAUAUUGGUGUACCUUUGUCCUGCGUCCUUCCAGUGAAAAACUACAGUGAGGAGGUGGAACUGGACACAAACAUCGACAUCUUGGUGCUCACUGCAGUCGUUCAGAUGCUUCGCUUUGUUGAUAACUACAUUGAUGAGAUCAGUGAUCCAAUGAGCAGUGCUGCAAUCAAAGAUUAGACAUUUUCAACAAUUUACAUUUGUAUCUUUAAGUUCUUAGUUUAUCCCUCAGCUGGAUGGAUCAGUUUCCUGCCUUUUGAUUUGCUUCUGCAUUUCCUUCGUCUCCCAAAAUCAGUGAUCAGCUGAGAAGUGUCUCAACCUAAAAAUUAAAACAUCAUGAACAUCACUCCUUGUACUAAAAGAACCCAAAACCUGCAAGACAACACAUUAGUAUGUAUGCUUUCAGGAUGUAUACUGCUUGGUGGACCUCAAAAGCUAAAUUUUUUAAUACUGAAAUUACAAACAACUAUGUUGCUUCAAGUUUGUUGGAAUGUCAAAAUAUCUUACAAGCUGGGAGAUGUCCACUUGUUAAUAUAAUAUUGUACUUGCUGAUUAUCAUUCUGUGUUCCUUUUCUUUGAAAGUAGAAAAACUUAACUGACUAAAAUAAAUCAUAAUCUUCUGCAUGUUAUUAAAAAAAACAAAUAACAAAAACAAAUAAAGUGGCAUUGUGCUGGAAAUGA